AUGGCUCUUCUGCUUUCAAGCAAAUGCUUGACUGAAAAGACUUUGGUUCCCCAGCACCCUACACCGGAGAGACAAAGCCUACUCCGUACAUCGAAGGAUCCAGGGCUUCCGCGAUCGUGGCUGCUGGCCGCUGUGCCGUUGACUGCUGCAACAUGUCGGGCGUCCCGCCAUCGGUGUCAAACCUUGCGACGAGCACGGGCUCCCGAAGCAGAUUCGGAGACACCGCGACGAGUAGCACUGACGGUGCUGGGGACGGCUUUAACUGCGACGGGGGUUGAUGCAGCUCUCCGAGCUUCUGACGAGAGAUACGCUGCGCUUGGUACAAUUCUAGCACCGGCACCGUACAAGGAAACGCUUCGAACCGAACUUGUUCCUGGACGCAUCUGGGGCUUCGAGCAAUGCAUCGCCCUGGCAUCGGUUUCGACCAACAUCCGCAUGACUGCUGUGAAGCUGCGGAACGGCGGAUUGUGGGUUUCCGCACCGAUUGCUCCAACACGGCAGUGCUUGCGCCUGUUGGACGAACUUGGGAAGGUGUCUCACCUGGUAAUCCCUUCCACUGCCUUGGAGCAUAAAGCUUCCCUUGCAGAGUUCGCACGCACGUACCCGAAAGCAGAAAUCUGGGUGACGCCGGGCCAGGCUCCUCCGAUUACUGUUCCCAGCAACAGCCGCAUCCUAGGCGAAGGUCCUGCACCGGUGUGGGCUGACGAGCUGGACUGCAAAAUUUUCUAUGUGUCCCCGCCAGUCACGGACACUUUCGCCGAAGCCGUGUUUUUCCACAAGGAAAGCCGCAGCCUACUGGUCACAGAUUGUGCCCUCAAGUUGCCAGCAGCAGCACCAAAGAUCCUCGAAAGCUAUGGCUAUGACGGGACUCCGGGGCCUAUCUCGUUAGACCAGUGGAGGUACAAAGCGAUCGCUUUCGAUUUCGUGACCGGGCGCAACCAGGAUGAGAAGGACUUCGCAGCACUUUCGCGACCGGCAGCUUUGGUCAACCCGCUGUUGCGAUUCAUCGUUUAUCGGCGCUGUCCGGAGCAAGCGGCGGCCUGGGUGAAGGAUGUUGCCAGGUGGCCGUUUGUACGCAUCAUCCCGGCGCAUUUACAGGCUCCUUUCGAUUGCACACCAGCUCAAUUCUUGGAGGCAUUUGGCUUUCUGUUUGGCAAGAAGACCUCCUGGGAGCCAGAGGAUGAGCAGCUGUCCUUCCUGCGUGGAGUUCGUGACAUCGUCGGAGGUCCAACUUUCUAA